ACCGGAAGUAUAACGCUUCCUGGUUGCUGUUGCAAAGCUAGCCUGUCACUAAACCGAUGACCAAACAAAAUGGAUUAUUACAAUUUAAUGAGAAUAUUUGCAUUUAUUCAUUUGCUUGUUUCCAUACCACAUGGAUACAGUAAUUAUGUUGAGACCAAAGCUGGACAGUUUUUCAGCAGUGGCCACACCAACAACUGGGCAGUCCUGGUCUGCACGUCUAGAUUCUGGUUUAAUUAUCGGCAUGUGGCGAACACGUUGUCGGUAUACAGAAGUGUAAAGAGACUGGGCAUUCCAGACAGUCACAUUGUGCUGAUGCUAGCCGAUGAUAUGGCCUGUAACUAUAGAAACCCCAAACCAGCCACUGUGUUCAGUCAUAAGAAUAUGGAGCUGAAUGUGUAUGGAGAUGACGUGGAGGUGGAUUACCGCGGAUAUGAGGUCACAGUUGAGAAUUUUCUGCGAGUCCUGACAGGGCGUCUCCCCCCCAGCACCCCUCGAUCCAAACGUCUGCUUUCCGACGACCGCAGCAACAUUCUCAUCUACCUGACAGGUCACGGUGGAAACGGCUUCCUGAAGUUCCAGGACUCUGAGGAGAUCAGCAACAUGGAGCUGGCUGAUGCUUUUGAGCAGAUGUGGCAAAAGAGAAGGUACAACGAGUUGUUGUUCAUCAUAGACACGUGCCAGGGGGCCUCCAUGUAUGAGAGGUUUUAUUCGCCCAACCUCAUGGCCCUGGCCAGCAGUCAAGUGGGAGAGGACUCGCUCUCACAUCAACCAGACUUGGCAAUAGGGGUCCAUUUGAUGGACAAGUACACCUUCUACUUACUGGAGUUCCUGGAGGAAGUCCACCCCGCUAGCCAAGCCAACAUGAACGAUCUGUUUAAGGUGUGCCCGCAGAGUCAGUGUGUGUCCACUCCGGGUCACCGAACUGACCUGUUCCAGAGGGAUCCGGGGAGCGUCCUCAUCACUGACUUUUUCGGAAGUGUCCGCAAAGUGGAGAUCACCAAGGACACUAUCAAUCUGACAUCCCCUGUAGAGCCGCCAAUACAGAGGUCUGGAAGCGGCGAUAUACAAAUCGAAUCGUUGACAUAUGUGGACCAACUCCCAGUGGCUGAAAUUAUUCAUCAGAAACCCAAGCAGAAAGACUGGCACCCUCCUGAUGGCUUCAUUCUGGGGCUCUGGACUCUUAUCUUGCUGGUGUUCUUCCAGACCUAUGGCAUCAAACAUCUCAAACACAUCUUCUGAUUCAUCCCUCCCAGCACCGCAGAGGUCAAAGAACCCAUCGCUCGUGUCUUCUCCUCCAUAAAAGAGUCCACCCUAACUUUGUUCAUGAUUGAUUUGGUCAGGAAUAGGUUUUUAUUUCUUUUUUUGAUGCAAGUUUGUUUUCUUUGGGUUUUGCUGUGUAUCAUUGUUUGAAAGUGACAUGCACUGACUUCUUACGUUCAAACAUUCUUUGUUGUUUGUUGCUCAGUAGUGAAAGCAUUUGAAUUUCACACGGGGACUUUCUUUUGAACUAAACACAUACAGACAGCUUGCAUACUUCUUGUUUGUUGGUUUGUUUGUUUGUUUGUUCUUUAAAUUCCAGUUAUACUUUAAUUUCUUCAGCCCAGAGCAAAGUUAAAUUAUGUUCUAUCAUUUAUAAAGGCACACGUGGAAUUGUAACUUGUAAUAAGGAGGGCAUGCACUCCUCCCAGGUUUCUUAAUUUGUUCUCAGUUUUUUUUUUUUUUACAGAUAAUCUAAAUCUGUAUAUGCAAUUGCUGAUCUGUUGUUUCAAUUGCACUUUAUACUUUGCAUUUUUAUUAUUUAAUGAUUAUUUGAAGUGGAAAAGGACACUACUUUUCUGGGUAGCACAAAUAAUGUGAAUGAGAAAAUGAUUUUUUGCAUAAAGAAAAUAAAGCCUAUUUUAGGAUCAUUACGUUUUUGUUUGUUUGUUUAAGCACAUUUUAAUCCCAAAUUCUCAUUGGCAUAAUGAAAAGAAACAUCUCAUUGUCUUGAAUGUAAUACAAUGAUGAUUUUUUUUUUUAUCCGCAUAAAUCAAAUCAAGUACAACAAAUGAUAACAUGUGUAAUCACUAUUUUCCUUAAUUUAAAUGAUAUAACAUUUGUUUUUCAAUUAACUGACAAGAAGUGGGUAGAACAUGUCAUGAAGUUAGUAAAAUAUGUAAUUGGUCCUAAAAUAGGCUUUGUUUUUUAAGCAUAAUAUAAGUUCUUUGUUUUUUGUGGCCUAGACAUUUUCAUGAGAUCACCCAGCAAUAAAUGUGAGGAAUUAAUGGACAACAAACAACAUUUCCAUGUACAGCAAACCAAACAGCUCCAUUUGCCUGUGGCUGUCCUGUAUCUGUCCAUUAGCAUCUCUGCUGCACUUGAACUGUUACGAGUGUGCUCUAAAAGGGGUCGACCGAAUUCACCCAAGUGUGAAUGAGAGAUUGACAAAUUGCACUCUCUAAUUCAGAUUAUUUUUUUCUGUCUGUCUAAUGCAUCAUUAACUGUUGGUAGGUCAGACAUCGAGGAUUGUUUAGGAGAGCAACCCACAAUAAAAUAUUCACUGGAACUCGCAUUAUGCGAGUAAAUGCAUUAUGAAAAUUUCUACAGUGCCAUAUUUGUCUUUUUCCCAUUUAUGUUCUCUAGCAUUUUGCUUUGUUUUUUAAUUAUAAAACUGGCUAAAGGUGACAUUUUGAAUAAAGCCUACUG